AAUGUAGCAGCUGUGGGCACCGUUUGAAAGUCUCACUCCCUGACCCAAAACACAACUCUUCAUGGAGUGACGCCUCGCGAAUUUACCUCACAAAUCAACUCACUAACUUUGCUUGUUCAUGUACUAAUUUUCCUGGCACUGUGGUUACUGGGAAAGUGUCUUGGUCUUGGUCUGGUCUCCCCUCAACCUCCUGUAUACCAGAGUUGGUAGAUGUAGUUUCCCAAGUCAUUCCUCUUAUGAUGGCUUUUAAGUGAGAUAAUAGUGUGGUAACUCACCAUUGGACAUUUUCCAGAACCUCUAUCUCCUGAGCUAGAUGGCAUCGUUGAGUCCGGAGCAUAAUGUAGCAGUUUGCAUCCCAAGCACACAUCAAUGUGAUGGCGUCACACUGUACAACAUUAACCUGUGUGUGGGAGGUGUUCAGUGGUCAGUCAAGCAGCGUUAUAAUGCCUUUGCUGAGCUCCAUGAAAAGCUUGUCAGCAACCAUGGUGUUGCUCGAGAUUUGCUUCCACCAAAGAAGAUCAUAGGGAAUAAGGAACCGUCUUUCAUAGAGAAGAGAAGAUGUGAUCUAGAGCUUUAUAUCCAGACUAUCAUCAACUUCAUGCAUCAUACCUUGCCCCGCGAACUAGCAGAGUUCUUGGACUUCCACCAUUAUGAGCUGACCCACCUUCUGCAGUCAAUGUCCAGACAGUUCUAUGAGGAAGGUGAUAAGGUUCUCAAUGAAGGGCACCCUGUCGUCUUCACGCCAUUGCAGCUGCAUGCCCUAUCAUACCGACUCAAGAAUCCUCUGCCUCCCAGUGUUGCAGUAGCAGAUGAAACUGAUUUUAGUCAUGUUGUUGAUUUUGUUACUCAAGUAAAGCAUCUCGUCAUCCAAGGAAGCAACCAACCAUUCAGAGCAAGCACCAUCAUCCAGAAUAAUCUCCCCUACACAUUAAAUACCUUCAAGAGUGUUGAGACUUUAACACUGACUGAAGCUAGUACUGCCCCCAUUGGUCACCUUGGAGCAGUCAGGAGAACCACUAAAACACUGCAGGUAAACCAGAGUGAUAUGACACAGAUGUCUGAUAUACUGCUGUGUGAUGCUGUGUUCCAAGAGACUGUUGAAGGGAGUGAUCCUCAUAAAUGGUUAUCUCUCACUGAUGUUGAUGUCAGCUGUAACCAAAAAAAAACUGAUGACUCCAUUGCUCUUGCUCCUAAUAUAGAAAAGCUGAACCUGAGUUGUAAUAAACUCUCAACAGUGGAAAGUCUAACAAAGCUUCCACAUUUAGUUUCUCUUAAUCUCUCAAAUAAUUUGUUUAGUGAAUUAGAAAGCAUGCACACAAAACUUGGAAAUGUUGUUGACCUGGAUUUGUCACAAAAUAGUUUGACAUCCCUCAAAGGUUUGAGUAAGCUUUAUUCCUUAGCCUCAUUGAAUGUAUCAACUAAUAAUAUAUGUGAAAUUGCAGAAGUUAGUCACAUUUCAGGCCUUCCUUGUCUAGAAACUUUAAUAAUUACUGGCAAUCCAGUAGCAACAGUAGUUGAUUACCGCACCAAAGUACUUGAGCUUUUUGGCCAGAGAGCUGCAGAGGUAUGUUUAGAUAAUGAACGGCCCACUCAGAGGGAGUUGGAAUUUGUGGCAGUACUCCAAGCCAUCCGCGCAUCAAGAGAAGGCAGAUUACCAACUCUUAGCAUAUCAAGCCCACUCCCGGUAACAACGUCGACAAUUUCUUUUAACAGACCAGAUGUAGCCACUGCUGUUAAUGAAUAUUCAGUUACUAAAUGAUCAUUUUCUUCUAAUAUACUUUUUUCAUUGUGUCAUUAAAAGAAUUUGAGUUGUAUGCUAAGGAUAACAAAAUAGGAAGCCUCUUCCAAACUUGCAUUGUGCCAAAUUUUAUUUAUUAUAUGUUUAUAAUUUUUAGAUGAUUUUCAUAUUUAUGAUAUAUUAUAAUUUUUCUCUAGUCAUUUUACUUCAUAAACAAAACAAAAAAAGUGUACAAAAUACAACACUAAACUACAGUAAAGAUUUGGCAUGAAGUCUUUGGAUGUUUAUGUUGCUACUCUUAUGUGGCAAAAUCACAGUUAUAUUUAUCUUUAGAUAAGUUCAAAAUAUCAUUAAAAAUUGUAUCAGUUUAUUCUUUUUAUGAUCUUGUAAAACUGAUCUGAAAUUGAUUCUUACAGGUUUCGGAUUUUAAUGUAGUUAUAUGAUUUUAUGGUUGUUAGUUCCUCACACUGAGCUGGAAAAGAAUUCUAUCUUUAAAUCAAUAAGUGAUACCCAAAGACAGUAACAGUAAUUGGACACACAGAUGUUCAUUUUAUACUCAUACAUUCACCACAACUACAUGUAUCUGUCUCUUAUUUACUGAGCUGUCAAUAGGCAUGGAAUUAAUAAUGUAUGUAGAUGGAAAGUUUAAGACAAAUAGUCUGUACUUUUUGCCAUGAUAUCAGGCUUUAAGUGUUAGUACAUUUUAGCUGUUAGCUGCUCAGUGAAAGAAAGGCUUGAAUACUUUGCCAAAAUUUAUGAUUUCUUUGAUAUUCUUUUAAAAACUUGAUAUCCUUUGAAAUUAUUAAAUUAUGUACAUGGAUGCAGAGAAAGCCAUCCUCAUUACCAAUGUCUUGUUAAAUGAUGGCCCAGUUGCUAGUCUGCUCCAUUGCAGGUGGGAAUGUUUUUAUUAGGAAUUUCUUUCUUUUGUACUGCAUAUUGAACUAUGUCUUGAAUUUUUAAUGCUGGGCUCCAUGUUUGCUGAUAUCUCUGUAAAAAUUGACUAGGGUUUUCUAAAGUAAUGUAAAUUAAUUUCUUCAUAUGAAGAAAUUAUUCUUACUUAUAUGUUUAAUAUGUUUACUUUAGGCUAUCCUGUGUUUAGUGUGGGGAAAAAAUUAUGAGGUGCAAUCACAAAAUGAAAAAAAAGAAAAUUGUGUAUAAAAAGCAAAAGAAAUAUGACCUGAUUUGAAUCUGCUGCCAAACUGAUCUUAAUACUCACUUUGUGUAAUGAUCAACUUCUUCCUGGCACUUGGGUUAUGUCUAAGUGCUCCAAGGGCUCCUUAAUUGUUCCCUAACUGUACCAGUCAUCAUUUGCAAUCCAUGCUGGAUGUCCUCAAACAGCUUGAACUUUGGGAAAGAAAAAAGUAAUAUUGAAUCGGAUAUUGCAGAUUAAGGUUUAAGGAUUUACAGUUGUGUUGUGAAUGAAAACUCAUCAAGUUUUCAUCGUAAAUGAGUGGUGGAGCACCCUGUUUCCAUUAUGACGUGCUUGGAAUCAUUAGGACCAAAUAUUUUUUAUCAAGCGUCAAGUCAAACUCGGUAUUGAUAAUCUGAUCAUGGAGGAGAAACUCAUGGUGCACAAUUCCUUAUAGUAUAUGUAUGGGGAAAAAAAAAAUGAAGUUCUUGGCGGUACUCCUGACAUAUCUUUCUUUGUUCUUGGAUGAUAGCAGCUCCUCCGCUGGGAAUAGUGGUGUUUAGUCUCUGGCUUGCAGCUGUAAAUCAAAGUCUCAUCACUGGUGCUGGCACUAGAAUGUUAAUGAAAAUUCUUGCUGACUCAACACGUUUGUGGUUAGAUGCUUGGAGUGUGAGGUAUGAUUAAGCACCAACAUAAUGCAUAUUUAAAUCAGACAUGAGGAUUGUAUGAAAUGUUCUCAAUGACAUAUUAACAAUGUCAGCAACAUCCUUGAUAAUGAUUUAAUGAUACUGAUAAUACAAGUCAGUAAAUUUUACAACAUAUUUAUAGAUUAUGCUCUUUGAAGAUUUUCCCUAAAGUUUUUAUCGACAUUAAGUAAUGUUCUGCCUACACUGGAGUAUGAGUGGUAUUCAAAACACUUUGCCCAUUUAUUAAUCCAUCACUAUUGACCUGAUGUGUACAUAAGAAAAUUAAAGCUUAAAGAAAAUAAGGUGAUUGCAAAAGACUGGUUGAUAUAUACAAAGACCCCACACACCCCUGAUAACCCUUAAAACUUAUUGUUUAUUAGUGUUAUCCUUGAAAUGUAUCCAACUUCUUCCUAAAGGCGUUUAAUGUCUGUCCACUUAUACAUUCAUGCUAAGUUUGUAUUACACAGUUGUAACCCUGUUUUUUUAAGCCAAACCUCCUGCUGCCCCCUUCCUUUUCAUCAUUCAUUUGUUGCCAUAUUCAUGAACAAAUUUUUUGUUUAUCUCUGGAACCUGAUCUUGUUUAACUUGUAGUCAUUUGUACAUGUUCUUACUUGUUUUCAAACUACAAGAAGCUGCCUGAAUCUCCUUUGUUGAACAUAUUUGAAUACUUCAUUCAUAUGGCCACACACUCCAUAUUUUCACCAGUUAUACAUCUUGAGGUACUGUACUAUUUCAAUCUCACUUCAGGAGUCUCUGUUAUCGAUAUUCUAAGUUUAAGACUGAAUUUGAUGUUUAGUCGCCCCCCUCAAGCUUGAAGUAAAAUUAUCAGUUAGUACAUGAGAAAUUAUUACAAAACCAGGUAUAACUGGUUCUGAUGCUGGCAGUAUAAUGCUGUAUGGCAUGCUUACUCAUGGGAGUUUGUAUUUGUUCCUUGAGGAAGAUUUUUGUUUUCUUCACUGUUUUACAAUGUAAGCAGUUUUGGAACUCUUUUGUUCUUGCUCAAUGACUCUGACAAUUUUUUUUGUAGAUCUUUGGCAAUAUACUUUCAUUGAGGCUAUAUAUAUAUAUAUAUAUAUAUAUAUAUAUAUAUAUAUAUAUAUAUAUAUAUAUAUAUAUAUAUAUAUAUAUAUAUAUAUAUAUAUAUUUUCUUCAAAUGUGGGUAAAGAUAUUUUUCAGGUAUUAUAUCACAGCAAUCCACCAACAGUGAAAAGAACCAGCAAACUAAGUUAUGAUGCACACUACUUAGUAGUUCUUGGAUGUGCUGAACAACCAGAAGACAGUAGAGGUCAAUUACUGAGAAAAGAAGUAUUUUAGAUGACUUAGUUAUCCAUUAGUUCAAACAACAGGACAAUGAGUCAUUUGAAUUAGAGAAAGUUUCACAGUGUGGGGCAAUAUCCCAAAGUACAGUAUGUAUAAUACAUGUAUGCAAGACAGAUUUCUGUCUUGUAUAGGAAUAAUUUUAAGGCAGUCACAAGUACUAGAGAUUGUAGACACUUAAAUUAUGUUUAGAGGAUCAUGAUUAUGUAUUAUAUAUUUCUCAUUCAUAUGAAACACAUCAGUCACGAAUAUAUUUUCACUUCUGACACACAUAAAUAACCAACACAAUGCAUACUUGGAAGUCUGCUUCCUUUAGAGUUGAAAGUUAAUGGGAAAAUGAGGCACUAUUUUGCUGACCAGUCAAUAUCUGUCUGUUCUGCCAAUAAAUAGCAUCUGACAAAAUAUACACAAUGUUAAGGAGUCUGUUGUACACAUCCCUCUCCCCCACCCAUGCCAACACUGAAGCUAGAUGGGAUGCUUUCUCUCACAUUCACAAUUACUUCACAUUAGCAAACAUUCAUCACACCUUAGUCUCUAGACCAGUGGUUCUCAACCUGGGGUUUUCAGACCUCCAUGUGGUUAACAAGAUUUUCAGGGAUACUCAGAUGUCUGAUCUGAUAAUAUCCAAUAUAGUAUACCAUUGCAUGUUGAGUUUGUAUCAGUCAUUAAAUUAACAUUCUUUUCAGUGUCAGGUUACUGGGGGUUCAGGGAGGUGGUCUUAUAACUCAAGGGGUUCUUAAAAAAAAAAGUUGAGAAUCCCUUCUCUAGACCUUAAGGGAGAAAUAGAAUCAAUCCUUACUGUUUACACUGCACACUUGUCAGCUAUGCAGCUUCUCAGCUUCCCUGCCAAUUUCCAUAUCAGAUCCUAACAACAGAACUUGCUUAUCCCUGGUGUACCAUUCCCUUUUUCUGGAUCUGAUCAGACCUGAUGUGGUCAAGAACUUCAAAACCAUCUUCUUUUAAUGCAUUCGUGUCGAGUCUCCGGUCAUCCUAGUCAUUUAUAACCACUUUUCCUUGCUCCACAGAUAUCAUCAUUUGUAUAUCUAAUGUUCUCUUUCACUGUGUACCCAUUCCAUUUUUUGUCUUCCUGUUAGCCUUCAUUUGAUAUGAGAUCUACUUAUCAUCUUUAAUAGUUAACUUUUAUUUAUUUAUUUUUUAUUUAUUAUUAUUAUUAUUAUUAUUAUUAUUAUUAUUAUUAUCAUUA